CUAAGAAAGUAUGGCUGGGUUUCAUCCGGGCACUUCCUGAUGUUCCCUUUGUUAUGUUAAAUGCUUGGGCUUUAGGCUUAUCGACUUAGAUUUUUUAGAUCAGGUAUACGAAAUAUAGUUGCCUGUUUACAUGAUAUUUACUUUUCUGUAUUUGCUUGAUAUGAGGGUUAGUAAUCAGUAUUGUUUUCUAACUUACAUUUUUGAAUUUUUGGGGCAUAUUGGCUUAGCUUGCAUUUGGGCCUAUGUAGGCCUAUUGUAAGUUGCCGCCCAAAAGCCUGUCCACCUGACUAUUUGGACAAUCAUCAUUUACACUAAGUAUGUUACCUUACUCGAAUGAUCAUGUACCUUGAAAUUGAGUUCCUAUCAUUUGAGAUCGGAAGCUUGGUAACAAAUGGUGUGGGUGAAGAAAACGGUCCUCCUAAUGUUAUUGCGUAGGAAAAUGCAGCUGUUGGUGAGACUAGGGUUAUAUAUACAUGUAACUUUCUACCUCACUACUUGCGUCAAUUUAUUCAUGCUUAGCUGAAUGAGGUUGGCCAAAUAUGGAGGAGACCCUUCACAGAUGUAGUUCCCGUGACAAAAGCAUGUGAUUCAUGCACAAUGUUUUAGCUGUAAAAAAUUUGAGGACACAUACUUCAUAAAAUAUGUAAAUGUAAUCUUUUUUCAGCCUUCAUGGGGAUCCAAUUGACCUGAACGUUUAUGCACAUUGGUAUAUGCUGUGUUCAUGGGUUAUGUUUUGAUGCAAUAAACAUACUUUUGUUGAUGAUUUACAUUAUUUUAUUUUCAUGCAGGGCUUCUUCAAGAAACAACAUCAAGAUUUAUUUAUUAGUAAAAACCUAAGAAGUACUGAUCCUUCAAAAAUAUCAUAUGUGAAUGAUAAAAUUUCAGCUGAAUUCUCUCACUUUUGUAUACCUUGAAAUAUGUAAUGUUAUACAUGGACAAGUAUCAAUGGAAAGAUGGCACUGGAAAGCUGCCAAUACAGCUGAAAUCAUCAAUCAACAGGUGGAAAUGAGAUCCUGUCAAGAUUAUACUUUCUUUGCAGUUGAAAGAAUUGACCAUAAGUGGAGCCUGCAUGUGUUGAGAGAAGCAGUGCCUUUUGUUGUAGCAUCACAAUUCAAGCUUGUGAUGUGUGUGCAGCCUUGUCUGGAUUCAAAGCUGCAUUGCUAAUGCUGCAUGUUUGUAGACGACAGGACAAUUUUCUUCUUUCUGAUGAUAACGUUGUCACCUGCCUUCAGAGGUGAUAAUAAGUUCAGAGAUACCAGUAUUGUUUGACGUUUUCUACCUACAUGCUGUGGUAAAUACCAUGUUGUGAUUUGGCGUUUGUUGCUAUCAUAUAUUGAAAAUGGCAUGGUAGGAACUUAAUUAAAAGCACAAGAAGAAAAGUGAUUUAUAGAUGCAUUUGACAAGUGUUGAUGAGUCUACUACAGUCAGUUGAGAAAGCUUGCCUCUCAGAGCUGAUGUGUUAUAAUUGAGCCGUCAUAGAGCAAAACACAUUGCAAGGUGAGAGGCCUUAUGUGCAUGGAAAUGUUGUAGUGUAGAAUUAGGUAUGUGCCAUCUCUGUAAAGUCCACCAGCAGAUUGAGGAUGUGGCUAUUUGUGGGGUGGUAUCUGGAGGAUGGCUACGGACUUGAUGUGCAGUGGACAAACACAUAGGAGCCAGCUGAGCAGGCCCCAGCUGCAGAGGAAGUGAAGGAAGAAGUUGAAGAUGUGGGCAAUGGAGACCAGGUGGAGACAGAGGAAGGGAUGGAGGUGAGCUUAGAACCCACUGAAGGGGAGGAGGACUUACCAGAACCUGGUGAUGACAUUCUAGAUGAUGACAACAACAAUGAUGGAGAGGAAGCUGCAGAUGAGCAGGCAGAAGACGAACUGUUAGAAGAAGAGGAAGGAGAUGAGGAAGUAGAGGGUGAAGAAGUUGAAGAGGAGGAGGAAGAGGAAGGUGUUGAAUGUGGCGAAGAAGCUGAAGAAGAAGUAACAGAAGGUGAAAAUGGGGAGACCAAGAAGAGGAAAGCUACUGGCAAACAACCUGUAGCCAAGAAACAAAAAGUUGAACCAAAACCAGUGAGGAUGAACGUUUAUGUCAAGCGAGUAACCCAUGAUUCCUUUGAAUCCUCGCUGGAAACCUUCCUAAAGGAGAAUGAAGUAGCGUUAAAAGAGUUCAGGCCUAACAUUGAUCCAGCAUGGACACUAGCCGGAGAAAUUGUUCUGAUGAAGCCUGAGGACAAAGAGAAAACAUUGAAUUUAUCUGGGAGUGAGUUGGACUUGAAGGAGGUGAAAUUUGAAACAAUUGAAGAGAAGGAGACCAAUGAAGGGGAUGAAUCUCUGAAAAAACUGAGAGCUCCUGAUGAGGUCAUCUUGUUUGUGAGAAAUUUCUUGAAGACUACAACAGAGGAAGACUUGAGGACACUAUUCCCUACAGUAGUUGAGCUGCAUGUUCCACAGAAAAACCAGAAAAGUAAAGGGUUUGCUUUUCUUCAGUUUGGAUCCAAAGAAGAAGUACAAGAAAUUAUCAAGACUAAGCAAGGCGUGGAGUUGGCUGGGAAAAAACUGGUUUUAAGUCAGUUUUCAUCUCGUAGUUCUGGAGAUGCCAAAUCUCCUGGCCGUGCACAAAGGGUUCCUAAAACUAAAGAUCAAGUUGGGAACAGUCAGAAUCGUGUUUUGUUUGUUGGAAAUCUCAGUUUUGACACAAAAGAAGACAAAAUCAUGCGAAUUUUUAGGACGGCUGAAAGUGUGAAAAUCCUGCGAUUUGCCAACACUGGAAAAUCUAAAGGAGUGGCCUUCAUUGAGUUCCGAACUCCGUUGGCAGCAAGGAAAGCUUUUGAGAAAUUUAGUAAUGCAAAGAUUGAUGGACGUUCCAUUAAUUUGGAGUAUGCUGACCAGGAUAAAUUUAAAGGAGGUGAGCGUGUCCCAGCAGGAAGGGGAACACAGGGCCGGGAUCCAGGACGCAGGAUGUCUGGCGGAGGUGGGCGCUCCAUGCAGGGAUACAACGCUGGGGGCAGGCAGUUCCGAGACGGGGGACAGAUCCGAUCUCUUCUUGAUAACAUGCAAUUUGAAAGGUCCAUGGAGUUGGAAAGUCGUUACAACAGAAUGGGGAAUAUGGAUGGUGGAAUGGGUGGCCGUAUGGGUAUGGGUAUGGGCCUAGACAGUGGACUGGGCAUGGGCAUGGACCGAGGGCUUGGCAGCAGAAUGAAUCUGGACAGCUCCUUAGGGCUGGACAGUGGAUUUGGUGGGCGAAUGGGACUGGAUAGUGGACUGAGCGCCCGUAUGAGCCUAGAUGGAGGCAUGGGGGGCAGGAUGAGUCUGGAUGGAGGCCUGUCGCGCCGUAUGGGACUUGAUGGAGGGUUCGGCAUGGGAGAUCGACUUGGUAUGGACAGUGGCUUUGGUGGUCGUAUGAGCAUGGACGGAGGCAUGGGCAGCUAUGGAGGCCGUAUGGGUGGGAUGGAUUCAGGCAGUUUUGGGGGAGGCUACAAGAAUAGGGGGAUGGGUGGAAUGAGAGAUAACAGUCGAAUGAGACAGGGAAACCGCAAAGGAUGGAAUUAAAUUUUAUUUGACAUCAGCAAAAUUUUUUAUUGUCAUGACUAUCAUGUGUGGUUUGCGAGUCAAGGUAUUGUUAAGGUACAUUUUUAUCUCUUUAUUUCCUCACAUCUGAUUGUGAACAGUAAAAUGUUGUACUGUAUCUCAUUUGUAUGAGUUUGCUUUUAUACCUACAUGUAUAAUGUUAAUCUGAUUGUAAGCAAGGUGAAUUCUUAAUCAGAUAUGUUUUCUUUUUGAACAAUUACAUAUUUUAUCAUUGUGCCUGUGGAAAUAAACUGUCAAGUGAAG